GUGUUUAAUGUCACAACGUCUAGUUUUUUAUGUGUUAUCUGGUUAGGCCAUAUAGCCCCAGGUUUGAAGUUGAACUGGAGGAUGCCGGUGUGUUGUUAGCUUCGGCUAACGAGAGGACAAUCGAGUUUGGUAACUUUACUCCAAUAUGCAGCAAGACACAGUUACAUGUACCACCGCACGCUCUCACUCCAGAACAGUGUCUACCCCAGACAAACACACAGAUUCGGUCCUGGCUAGAUUUGCGCCCCGGGCGAACCAUCCUUUGCCGCCGGCGCCUGUCCGCCCGAGCGGACAGAAUGAAUGAGUCCGGAAAGAAAACAACUGACGGCCACAUUGUUCCGGCAGCUUAUUACUGUUGUUGUUGUUGUUUUUAUCAUUAAUAAUCAUGCUAACAAUAAUCUAAGGCGUGGGUAACAAUAGUUAUUUGGAUGAAUGUGAAGUUGAAGCUGUAUGAGGUGGCCCGGGACUUUUGAGAAAGUACCCGAUUGAAUCUUAAACUUUACUGUCUUUGCUUUGUCAUUUACCAGGUUAUGUUUUGUCCAUUCUGUGGGGUGAACCUUCCAUCCGUCCUGGUAUAUUGUGGCUCAUGCUGUAGAAAUGUCAGUUUCCUAAGGAGUCUUCAAGAUGAAGGUCCUGAAGCUACUUCAGUGGAUGAACUUAUCCAAAAUUAUUUCAUGGAGGGCCAUAGUUAUGAAAUAAUAGUCGACUUACUGAAAACCAAACACAACAUAUCAGUCAGUCUUCGCAGUCUAGAAAGAAGACUAAAAGAUGCAGGCCUGACCAGAAGGAUCAACUACACUCCAAUUGCUACUGUGCGGGCAGCUAUUUCCGAGGAGCUAAAGGGAUCAGGCCAGCUUUUAGGGUAUAGAGCAAUGUGGCAGAUUCUGAAACAAAAACACUCUUUUGUCGUCAGACGAGACGAUGUGAUGCGCCUAAUGGCAGAGCUGGAUCCGUGUGGAACAGAGAAUCGCAGCAGACGUAAAUUUGUUCGAAGGGCAUAUCAUUCAAUGGGACCAAACGAAACCUGGCACAUUGAUGGAUAUGAUAAAUUAAAACCUUUUGGAAUUGCCAUAAGUGGUUGCAUUGAUGGCUUCUCCAGAAAAAUUAUGUGGCUGAAUUGUGGAAAGACCAACAACAACCCUUCAGUAAUUGCUCAAUACUAUAUCAACUGUGUAGUUGAGCAUGGAGUUUUUCCAAAGCGGCUCCGCACAGAUUGCGGCACUGAAAAUGGAAUAAUGGCUGCCCUUCACUGUACCUUGAGAUCAGAGCAUACAGACGAGUUUGCAGGAGCUAAAAGCCACAUGUAUGGCACUUCAACAUCCAACCAGCGGAUUGAAAGCUGGUGGUCCUACUUCCGGAAACAAAGGAGCCAAUUUUGGAUGGAUCUGUUCAGUGACUUGAGGGAGAGGCAUCUCUUCAAUGGCAGCCCUGCACACACAAAGUUGGUACAAUACUGCUUCCUGGGAGUCCUGCAGAAAGAGCUGGAUGAAUACAAGCUCUACUGGAAUACUCACACCAUUCGUCCUGUUCACCAAUCCCGGUGCCCAUCUGGUAAACCAGAGGCAAUGUAUCACAUACCUCAAAGAUUUGAUGGGACCAAUUGUGGCUUCCCGGCAUCUGCCGAAACCCUGACUGACAUUACCAGCAUCAUGCCAGUGCCAGCAACUCCUGGUGGGGAUGAGCAUGAAACUCUCUUUGGAGAACUGCAACAACAGAGUGGUCUGAGAGCUCCCUUGCAGUGGGAAUCAGCUGUAGAGAACUAUAUCACCCUGAAAAACAUGGCUGGUUUGUAAAACUUUUAGGGACAUACACUGCCUGGCCAGAAAAAAGCCGCCACCCACAAAAAAAAGGUCACACACUCAUUAUUUUGUUGGACUGCAAAAACAAACAGGCUAACAUCUUUUCCAUGACCAUGGGAUGUGUCUUUCGACAUGGUUGUUUCAGAAAUGAGAAGCAACUCAUUGCACCAGUUGGGGUUUGUUUGUGACAAAUAAAGGCCUGGAAUCCUUGAACCCUUCACAUUUCUUUUUUAAUGUCUUUGAAUCUACCUUCUUGGCAGUGAUGUUCUUCCGCUAAUUCACAGUUUCUGCAUUUUAACUAUUGUAAUAAAAUAUCUUUUUCAUUUACACAGUGCA